UUUUAAAAGUUCUGUAGUAGUAUCCUGUAGUAAAGAUCCCAAGCCCUGCAGUUUAAAAUAAUAGUAGGAGUGCAGCAUUUGGCGGAUGCUGCUGGAGAAGCCUGUCGUGUUUUUUCAUUGUAAGGGUAACAAAACAUUUCUAAUCUCUUCUAGGUGCAGAGAUUUCUGGGAAGCAUCUUUUUAGGCACCAGCCUCUUCAGCUCCUCCUCAAAUGAAGUGAAGCGGCUGCUGGUGUGGAGUGUUUAGCAGCUGACCCUGCUGCGCUUGGAAGUGGAUCUGCUCCAGAAAGGAAAGCGAGAUGAUGCCCUCCCACCAGCGCUGGCACUUCAUCUCACAGCCUCCUCUACCGCUGCCUGCCCUUCCGCUGCUUCUUUCCGGGGCCCGGCCGCUAGGCCUGGCCCGGCCCAGCCAGAAGCAGAGAGCAAACCCCGCCAUGGCGAAUCUCCCAGCAGCCCCGAUCACACGGCAAAUCGGUAGCCGGGAUCGCGCGCGGCUCAGCGACCAGGAGCCGGGGGAGCUGCGAGACGCCGCCCGGCGCUUGCUGGUGGACCGAGACGGGCAGAGGAUCCUGUUCGGGGCCCUGUUCCGGGAGCACAGAGCCAUCGUGGUGUUCGUGCGGCAUUUCUUAUGUUACACCUGCAAAGAAUAUGUAGAAGAUCUGGCAAAAAUUCCCAAGAAUUUGUUACAAGAUGCAAAAGUGAGACUGAUAGUUAUUGGACAGACAUCUCACCAUCACAUUAAGCCGUUUUGUAGUUUGACAGGGUAUCCCCAUGAAAUCUAUGUCGAUCCAGAGAGGGAGAUUUAUAAAAUACUUGGCAUGAAAAAAGGUGAAGCAGCCACAACAUCAGGGAGAUCCAGCUCAGCAGGGGGGGACUUUGAUUUUAGGCCCAGGGGAAAGCACAAAUGCAGUCUCCCACUACUACAAGUUAUGCAGUUGAGUUUCCUGCAAUUGGGGGAAUCUCAGGGGUCAGCACACCUGGACUGCAAUGGAUGAGCCUCACCUUGGGAAAACCACCUCAUGAUCAUAGUAUCUUCUGUUGAUCAGAGGGACAAACUUUUGAACUACACAGAGCUCUGCUGCAGGUCUGGGAAAGGUACGAAGAGUGUCACAGCUAAAUACAAGAUUGAACAGAUAGUUUAGGAUAAAUAGUGCAUAUUUUAAGUGCACCAUUUAAGGCAAAGUGGCCCUUUAAUACCCCUGUUAACAACCCCCCAACCUCUCCAAGCUCAUUAUCAGAAGCAAGCCCCCAACGGACCAGGAGACAACAACUCAAAGCAACACCAGACCCUGUCAGAACAACAGAUGCAAAACCUGCAACUAUUUUUCCACUGCUACUAUGAUCAACAUCUCCCACAACACACCUUUCAAGAUCCACAGGUCCUACAUGUGCCUAUCAUAACUAUGGUGGUGUACCUCAUCCAGUGCACUAAAUGUCCCAAUAACAAUUAUGUGGGAAACCAGAUAAUCAGUACACUCUCAAAUGAACUCACACAGGAAAAUAAUAAAAGACAAAGCACCAUGUCACCUGUAGGUGAACACUUUUAACAGUGCAAUCACUCUAUAUCUGACCUCUCAGUCCUCAUCCUCACAGGAAAUCUACACUUUCAAAGGACGAGCCUGAGAGUUUAAAUUAAUAACUUUAUUAAGCCAUGAUUUUUAGUAUCUAGCAAAGACACUGGAUUUAUGGCUUAUUACAACACUCUGUAACCCACUAACCCCCUUUUUGUCAAAAGAAUAUAAGAACGGCCAUACUGGGUCAGACCAAUGGUCCAUCUAGCCCAGUAUCCAGUCUUCCAACAGUGGCCAAUGCCAGAUGCUUCAAUGGGAAUUAACAGAACAGGGCAAUUAUCGAGUGAUCCAUCCCCUGUAGUCCAGUCCCAACAGAUCUGUGACUACAUGGGUGUUAACAGGCCAUUUCACCUUGAAUGGUAUGUUAGUUCUAUCUUAUGUUUAGCUGUGAUGCUCUGCCUACACUUACAAGCUUACAGCUGCACAGCCAUACCACUAUAAGAGUGCUCAUGUAGCCGCAUUAGGCUGAUGGGAGAGAGCUCUCCAUCGACAUAAUCAAACCAGCUCAAUGAGUGGCAGUGGCUAUAUCAGCAGGAGAGCGUCUCCUGCCCACGUAGCACUAUGCACAUGAAUAUUUAUGCUGGCAAAAUUUAUGUCAGACCCCUGAGCAGCAAAAGUUUUGCCAACAUAAGUGCUAAUGUAGACAUGGCCUUAAUCCUUUCCCAGACCUGCAGAAGAGCUCUGUGCAGCAUGAAAGCUUGUCUCUUUCAAGAACAGAAAUUGGUCCCAUAAAUUACCUCAACCCACCAGGUCUAAAUUCUUCAUUUGUGCUUAAAGAACAUUCUUUCAUAUAAGUGCAGAAAGCUGAAUGAGACUGCCUUUGAAUAAGGUUGUCACCUCCCUGGUUUUUAAAUGGGUUACCUGGUCUCCCAGUCUCCAUCCCAUUUCCCCAAAUUAUAAACUUCCUCCACUAGACACCACCUUCCAAUUAUCCCAACAUUACAGGAGUGCUACCACACUUCCCUCACAUUGCUAGUCUGCUUCUGCUGUGCCUCCGUGUCUUUUGAUUGAUAU